UGUUGCCACACUUUUAGUAAGUGUUUCAGUGUGUGAGUGAUAACAGUCAAUAUGUCCGUGAUACUCACACAUGUAACUGCGCAGUAAGCCUACUCCGAAUGUUUCUAUACUCUACACAUGUUUUCUAGAUUUGAUGGUGGUCCGUCAAUCGCCUUACGCAGUUAGUAUACGCAGUCUCCAAUCCCUACUACGUAUACGAUAGCGCAGAAAAAUACUACUAGCGUAAAGUGAAUGUAUAUGUGUAUAUACGUAAUGAACCUUAAUCAAGUGAUCGUCAACGUCUCGUAAAUGUAGUUAGUGAAAGCCCAGAACAUCCACAAAAAUGAUCUAAAUUCAGGUUAAGCCAAAGAACUUACCCGCGAAGAUAAAUAAAAAAUUAAGAUUAUGAAAGUGCGUACUGUUCCUUACAACCAGAAACAUCAAUCAUCUUACAAUCCUUCAACGAAUAUAAAAAACGAAAAAAUGCGAAAGUAUUAUCAGGCAGCUUUGGCUCUUACAGCAGCAGUCAGUUUGGUAGCUCUGCUAUUUUACAGGCACGAGUACAACAAACUGCGCUUCGUGCUCCAGGUGUUCAACUACUUUGGUACGCCGCAGAAAAACUCCCUCAACUGCACCAACAAUAUCCAGGUGACAAAUACUUAUCACCAGGCCGCUUCUACUUCCUGGCAACGCCUCUCCGAGGACUUUUACAUUUAUUCCGCUUACAGCUACGAUGAGGGAGAAAUAAAGGGUAUUGGAUUUGGCAAGCACUCUAGUAACAAUUACUACUGUCGAGUUUUAUUCGACGACCAACUGGAGUAUGUAGAAGGUAAAUUUGUAGUCCAAAAAAUUGAUGAAAACCGCCAGGAUUUAAAUAAUGACGAUUUAAUUAACAACGACGACGAUCAGGAGUACAGUGGGUACUUGUUCACGUGUAAGUACGAAAAAUUGCACGACAAAGAUGUCGUGGGAAUGCAGGUAGUUGAUGAUAAGCUCAAAAACUAUGACAGUAUUCCAAUAAUUCAAGUCCAGACGCUUUAUAAUAAUUUUAAUAGCAACAAAACAGGCACGAUAAUCUGCGUAGCUCCACCUGAAUCAAAACCGCUUAAGCAUAUUGAUAUGAUAAGCUUCCUGGCCUUUCAUGACUACGUCGGAUGGGACAAUUUCAUUGUCUAUGACUACGGGAUUCCGUUUGUCUUCAACGAAGCCGUGAAGAAGAUGUCCUUAUUCUCAAAUGUCCAGUGGAAUUUCACCUACUCGGCGGUUCCUUGGAACUUUCCAUACGCACAAAUCCCCAGGAGAGUUAUCAGGAACUUGAUUGAAGCUGACUGCUUGUAUCGCACAUUCUCACGCGCUUCUUUCGCGGUUACUCUGGCUUGGGAUGAAUAUGUAAAUCUUAAGUACCACACUUCUGUUGAGCAUGUACUCUCGGAUUUAAAUAAAGUUAAUGGAAAGAUUGACGAUAAAUUCAGGCUCAACGCUGUGGUGUUUUGCACCGAUUACGCAGACAGCGAUUCUGUUAACUCACCGACCCCUGUGAUAUUGAGGACCACUCGCAGAUUAAGAAAUGUUGAUAAAGAUGAACCGUUAUUUAUUUAUAAGCGCGACCAUAUUUCUAGUAAUGAUAUUACUCAACAAGAAAUGGAUGAACUGAUGAUUAUUAAUCGGUAUAAAAAGUGCAAUACUAAUGACAGAAGACAAAUUGUUAAUGGUGUAUUGAGAUUUGCUGAGUCUAUGCCGAGUACACAAAUUUUUCAGUAUUAUAUUACUGGUAGAUUGUUCAGCCAUAAUUGAAUUACCUAAUUAAUUAAUUAAUCAAUUGGUAAUUAUUCACAAGUCGGGUCAACUUUAUUUAGGGUUAUAACUAGGUGAAAAUUUAACAUUUUUUAGUAGAUUUCAUAAAAAUCUAAGUAUUGUAUUUGUCCUCAGGACGUAAAUUUUAAUAAAUUUUGCUAUAUUUCAACUUGAAGAGUUGAGUCAGAAAAUACAUAUGGUUCAAAAGUUUAUAUAUGUAUGUAUAUUUAGGGUGUGCCAAAUUUAAACCAGUGAUGGACCUCUUAAAAUUGGAAUUUUGAGUUCCGCUUUUAACAGGAGUUGUGUUUGGGCAUUUCCUGAGAUAUUUUGAGCGUAAGGG